AUGGCAAAUGGCAAUGGCAAUGGAAAUGGUAAUGGAGUAAAUGGCAAUGGAAAUGGUAAUGGUGUGAAUGGCAAUGGAAAUGGUAAUGGCGUGAAUGGCAACGGAUACAGCUACACCAAUGGCAAUGGAAAUGGUAAUGGCAAUGGAAAUGGCAAUGGCAAUGGAAAUGGUAAUGGUGUGAAUGGCAAUGGAAAUGGCAACGGAGUAAAUGGUAACGGAUACAGCUACACCAAUGGCAACGGAGUAAAUGGCAAUGGCAACGGAAACGGCAAUGGCUUCAACGGCAACGGAAACGGCCUCAACGGCAACGGAAACGGCAACGGCUUCAACGGCAACGGCUUCGUAGACCCUAUCACUGCCCUGGCCGACGCCAUUGGAGGUGGAGGCGUCCCAGGUGUGGACUACCCCAUCCUGGCCUUCGUCCCCGCCACCGGCUUCUCCUGCAACGGCCAACUGCCUGGAUAUUACGCCGACACUGCUCCCGAGGCCGGCUGCCAGGUGUUCCACAUCUGUCAGGCAGGAGGCAGGAUCGACUCGUUCCUUUGUCCCAAUGGAACAAUCUUCAACCAGCAAUACUUCGUGUGCGAUUGGUGGUACAACUUUGACUGUUCCACGGCUGAACAGUUCUAUGGUCUGAAUGCUGAGAUUGGCAAGGUGAAUGGAAAUGGUAAUGGCAAUGGAAAUGGUAAUGGAAAUGGUAAUGGCAACGGAAAUGGUAAUGGUAAUGGCAACGGCAAUGGAAAUGGAUACACCAACGGUAACGGAAAUGGAUAUACCAAUGGUAAUGGCAACGGAAAUGGCUAUACCAAUGGCAACGGCAACGGAAACGGUUUCACCAAUGGAAAUGGAAACGGAAACGGAAAUGGGUACACCAAUGGUAAUGGGUACACCAACGGUAACGGCAAUGGUUUAACCAACGGUAAUGGCAAUGGAAAUGGAUAUACCAACGGAAACGGAUAUACCAAUGGUAAAUAAACGGAAAGGUAAUGGAAAUGGAAACGUAAUGGCAAUGGAAAUG